CUUUGCAUAUAACAUAGUAUACAGAUGUUUGGUGCGAUCACGAGACUCAUUAUUUCGUCACUACUAUAAAAAUUCCUCUAUUAUUUAUUUCGUUUCAUUGACUCUGCUGCUACACACUUGUGACACUUGUUCACUUUUCUCAUCAUCUUUCGUUGAUCAUCCUUUACUCCAAUCACUUCUUCACUCACCAGCCAAAACCAAAGACCUUGGGGACAUCAUAACUAAAUUUCCAGAAGAUGGACUUGAUAACUAAUGUCUGUGAGUAUGAAGCAAUUGCAAAGCAAAUAUUGCCAAAGAUGGUGUAUGACUACUAUGCAUCAGGGGCAGAGGACCAGUGGACUUUGAAAGAGAACCGAAAUGCCUUCUCAAGGAUUCUGUUCCGGCCCCGUAUUCUUGUUGAUGUAAGCAGGAUAGACUUGACAACAACUGUAUUGGGCUUCAAAAUAUCAAUGCCUAUCAUGAUUGCCCCUACAGCCAUGCAAAAGAUGGCUCACCCUGAAGGAGAAUACGCUACCGCUAGAGCAGCAUCAGCAGCUGGCACAAUCAUGACAUUAUCCUCAUGGGGUACUUCUAGCGUUGAGGAGGUUGCUUCAACAGGACCUGGCAUUCGUUUUUUCCAACUCUAUGUGAUUAAAAACAGAAAUGUGGUUACUCAGCUGGUGAGAAGAGCUGAAAAGGCUGGUUUCAAGGCAAUUGCCCUUACUGUGGACACUCCACUUCUUGGUCGUAGGGAGGCUGAUAUAAAAAACAGAUUUACAUUGCCAUCACACCUGGUAUUGAAGAAUUUUGAAGGAUUGGAUCUUGGAAAGCUGGAUGAUAAGACUAAUGACUCUGGUCUAGCCACUUAUGUUGCUUCGGAGAUCGACCGGUCACUCAACUGGAAGGAUGUGAAAUGGCUUCAAACAAUCACCUCAUUGCCAAUUUUAGUGAAGGGUGUACUUACCGCUGAAGAUACUAAGAUGGCUAUAGAAGCUGGGGCUGCUGGAAUCAUUGUUUCCAAUCACGGAGCUCGCCAACUUGACUAUGUCCCUGCAACUAUUAUGGCUUUGGAAGAGGUUGUGAAAGCUGCACAAGGAAAAAUUCCUGUUUUCCUGGAUGGCGGAAUCCGCCGAGGGACAGAUGUUUUUAAAGCAUUAGCUCUCGGAGCAUCCGGUGUAUUUCUUGUUUACCUGACUGAAGCCUAUCAUCAUCAUCAUAGAGAUGUAGUCCGGGAUACUAGCCCCCAAGUUCCAUAUAGAAGCAUAUGUUUCAGACUUCAGAAAUUUUGUCAGAAUAUGAAUAUUGGAAGACCAGUGCUGUUCUCAUUGGCUGCUAAUGGUGAGGCUGGUGUAAGAAAAGUACUUCAGAUACUCCACGAUGAGUUUGAACUAGCGAUGGCAUUAUGCGGAUGCCGUUCACUCAAGGAGAUAACUCGUGAUCAUGUUGUGACUGAGUGGGAUCGCCCAAGAAUUGCUCCCAGAUUAUGAGAUGGCAGGACAGGACUCAAGCUUGUUUACUUGUAAGGUUGGAGCCUUAGUGGUUACUCAUCAUAAACCUGAUGAUCAUUGGAACUUUAGAACAACCUUUCUUCUUAUCUCAUGCUUCAAUAAGCCAUGAGAAACUAGUUAGUAACUGCUACUUCUUUUCACUGUGCAGAAUAAAUUUCUAUCUAGACUCAUUCAUUGCACAUGGAGCUUGGAUUUUGUAAACUCUGAAAGAUUUAUUGCCAGUAAAAUUAAAUGUGAUUGAAUGAUGACUCUUUCUUA